AUGUCAUCAAAACCACCCAAUAUCCUUUCUUUCAUCUAAUCAUUUUAUUCAUUAUUGUUAUAAGUUAAAGCAUCGUUUAACAGAAAAAAAAAGAGUAGAGGAAAAUGUCAUGGUGGAAGGGUUUCUUAAUCUUCUUGAUGCUGUGUUUGUGUGUGUCAUCAGAAGAGAGUAUGACAUACGAUUACUUGAAAGUUCCCGCAAGUGAGUUUGUGAGCUCCAUUAACACGAUCGUGGAAGUAAUAAGACAAAUGAGUUCGAUUUUGUCUCAGUUUGCGGAUUUCAGUGGGGAUCGUCGGCUGCAAAAUGCGGUUUCGGAUUGUAUAGAUCUGCUCGAUGUUUCUUCAGAUGAGCUGAUCUGGUCUGCCUCUGCUUCGGAGAAUCCACAUGGUAAGGGCAACGGAACAGGGAACGUGAGAUCAGACACACAGACAUGGCUGAGUGCUGCUCUCUCCAACCAAGACACUUGCAAGGAAGGCUUGGACGGUACAUCUGGUCUCGUCAAAUCUCUAAUCGCUGGCAGUCUCGAUCAACUAUAUUCUAUGCUUAGGGAGCUGUUACCACUAGUUCAAACCGAUCAGAAACCCAAACCCAUUUCCAAACCUGGCCCCAUUGGUAAAGGACCAAAGGCUCCACCAGGUCGGGCACUCAGAAACACCGAGGACGACGACGAAAGCCCUAGUUUCCCAGAAUGGAUCAGACCCAGCGACCGGAAACUCCUUGAAACAAACGGUGUAAGUUACGACGUAAGUGUAGCACUGGACGGGACAGGCAACUUCACAAAGAUAAUGGACGCCAUUAAGGCAGCUCCUGAGUACAGCUCGCAACGUUUCGUCAUAUACAUUAAAAAGGGUUUAUACUUGGAAAACGUUGAGAUCAAGAAGAAGAAAUGGAACCUCGUUAUGUUAGGUGACGGCAUUGAUGUGACCGUUAUUUCCGGUAAUCGCAACUUCAUUGACGGUUGGACUACUUUCCGGUCCGCUACAUUCGCUGUAAGCGGAAAGGGAUUUUUAGCAAGAGAUAUAACCUUCCAGAACACAGCGGGGCCAGAGAAGCAUCAAGCCGUAGCCCUAAGGUCGGACUCAGACCUCUCUGUGUUCUACAGAUGUGCCAUGAGAGGAUUUCAAGAUACACUCUACACACACACCAUGCGUCAGUUCUACCGCGAGUGCACCAUCACUGGAACUGUAGAUUUUAUAUUUGGGGAUGGGACCGUUGUGUUUCAAAACUGUCACAUUUUGGCUAGGAGAGGACUCCCUAACCAAAAGAAUACCAUCACUGCACAAGGCCGGAAAGAUCCCAACCAACCCUCAGGAUUCUCUAUCCAAUUCAGCAACAUUUCGGCGGACGCAGACUUAGUUCCAUACCUAAACACGACAAGCACGUAUCUAGGGAGGCCAUGGAAGGAAUAUUCAAGGACAAUUUUCAUGAGGAAUAAUAUGAGCAGCGUUGUGAGACCCGAAGGAUGGCUUGAGUGGAACGCGGAUUUUGCUUUGAACACACUCUUCUAUGGAGAGUUCUUGAACUACGGGCCUGGUUCAGGACUCGGCAGCCGAGUCAAAUGGCCUGGUUACCACGUGCUUAACAGCUCGGACCAGGCUAACAAUUUCACCGUUUCUCAGUUUAUUAAAGGAGAUCUUUGGCUGCCUUCUACGGGGGUAAAGUUCACUGCUGGCUUGGACAUCUAAGUAUGGCUCUGUUACAGUGUGGAUCCUUCUUUUUUGUUUUCAGUUUUCAGUUUUUACUUUUGUUGUGUUUUCUUAUACUGUUGUUUUAAGUUUGCAAAGUGGUUUUGGCAAAUAUUGUUACAACAUAAAUGUACUAUUGGACCAUCAGGAUCAGGUCAUCAGUUUAAGAAGAAUCGAUCAUACUAUAA